AUGCACCAGGGCAAGGGGCGGGCAAAGCCCGCCCCAAAGGGGCGUGAGGGGGCGCGCCGUGAAGCGAAGAGCUUCUCCGCGGCCACCCACGCCCGGAACGCGAAGGAAGACGACGGACGGCGGUCCCUGGAGGUCCUGAGCGGGUCGCUACAGCGCCUGCUCACGCCCAUCAAGCAGGGCGUGGUCGGCCCCGUCCAGCGGCGCGCGUCUGCGCUCUUCCAGAGCGCCAUGCGGCGCAGAGGGAGGAAGAGGCCGGCCCCUGACGCCACUUCGCCGGCCCCGGAGUACCAGCCGAAGCGGCAGAAGACGCAGGCGGAGCGCGCACCUCCAGGCGGGCAGGCGUUCCUGCACUUUCUCGGCACGCUGAUCUUCACCGUGAUCGUCCUGGGCUGCGCCGCGGCCCGGUGGGCUAUUGCACCCGUGUACGUGCUCUUCCUGGCCUUCUCCAUCCCGUGGCGCACGAAGAAGUACCGGAGGCUCAAGUGGGAGUUCUUCAUGGUUGAUUUCUGCUACUUCGUGAACGCCCUCGCGGCCGUCCACCUCGUAGGCUGGCCUAACUCGCAGGCUCUCGGCGCCCUGACGCAUGCGCUCGCCGACGGGCCCGUCGCCGGCGCCAUCAUCGUCUGGCAGACCUCCUGGGUCUUCAGCUCCAUGGAGCAUUUCGUCUCCGUGGGCGUGCACCUCCUGCCGGGGCUCGCGCUGGCGUGCAACCGCCUCGCGUCCGGGCCGCGGGGCGUCGAGGGCCUCGUCAAGCUCUCGAAGGACGUCCUCGCUGGAACGCCCUGGAACGAGGCCGUCAGGAUGCACCCGCGGAUGACAGUGGAGCAGUCGACGAUUCCGUUCGGCGGGCAGGCGGUGUGGUGGCUGUUCGGCGCCCCGCUGGUCUUCUACUGCACCUGGCAGCUCGCGUACUACAUCCUCGUGCAGCACGUCCUCAUUGGGAAGUUCAUGCGCGACCCUGAGCUCAUGACGUCCUUCAAGUGGCUCACGAAGAAGACCGGGAACCCCUUCGUCAAGCUCAUCAACCGCCAGCGCACUACGCACGGCCGCGUCGUGGCCUUCGGGCUCCUCCAGCUCGCCUACACCGUCCUCUCCUUCCUCUUCGCGCUCCCCCUGUACUACCACCCGCGCGCGCUCCUCGUCUGGCAGGCCGUCAAGGCCGCAGCGGCGCUGUGGUAUGGCAGUAUCUAUCAGUGCCGCACCAUCCCGGAGAAGGUCCGCCGGCAAGCGAUGACGGCGCUCAAGGAAGAGGGCGCCGGCGUCGAGGAAAUGGUCCGCGAGGCAAAGCAGCUGCUCUCGAACGGCGCGUCGAAGCGCGACAGCUACGGCACGCGUCUGCGCGUCGAGUACGCCCUCGACCGGCUGGACCAGGCGCGCCACUUCGACCGGCACGACGCGCGCGGCGCCCGCCACCACCAGAACCACCACCACGUGCCGCCGCACGCGCAGCUGCCGCACGACGCCGGCAGCUACAAGUCCCGCACGGACCCGUGCCCCUGCUGCCAGCGCCGCAGCGCCCCCGCCACGCCGAUGCGCCUGUCGCGCGACGGCGACGUCACGCCGCCCUGGCACGCGGAACGGGCGCCCACGCCGGCGGUUCCGGGCCCGCGGCCGCUCGGGAAGACGGGCAGCAGCAGCGGGAGCGGGGAGCAUCUUGCGGGCGCGAACGGCGUCGGCAGCGCGCGGAAGAAGGCGAAGAAGCGCGCCCGCCGCGGACAGGACGGCGACCGGUCCGGGAGUGCCGCGGAGCGCGCGGAGAGCGCGGCGGCCGGCGGCGCCGCGGUGGCGGCGUCGCCGGUGACGGUGCCGGAGGAGACGGCGUGGUUCGCGCCGCCGGCGGCUCUGGACGGCGUCGACGUGGCGGCGCGCGGGGGGGUGUUGUCGGAGGGGUGGCGGGUCGGGUCGGACAUUGCGGCGGGGGACGCGUCGUGGCACAAGGUGUACGGGCGGAAGGCGCGCAGGCGGUUCGGGACGCGGCUCGGGGGGGCGCCGCCGCUGGUGAGGUGA